ACAACUCCGUGAUUCUGGACGGCCAUGUGAGAGCACGCGGGCGUACCAAGCACGCCGUCCCCAGUCACCACCCGGCCGAGGAGAGGAGGUCGAACGGCCAUUCCUUACCCACACCGCGCUUCAGGUGUCAGGAGUCAGGACCCGCCGGUGAUGCGCUGCUAACCACCUCGUUCGUGGAAGCGCCCGCGGAUCCGGCGCACGUUUCGCUCUGUCGGCCUGACGAGGACGCGCCUCGGCCAGGCCAACAUCGCUGCCAUGAUUGGGUGUUCCAACGACGAGACAGAGUUCUCUACGCCACACGUCCCCCUAUAAGUGCAAGCUUGAAAAUAGCUAUCGACACGAACUCAGUGUGCUCAUAGGUUCCUGACGUACGUAUCUCAGUUGCGUUCGAGCGUUGUGGACUUGUGGUGGUUUCCUUCCUGCGCCGGAGAAGGUAGACGAUGGGAAGGGGAAGCGAUGCAGUGCCGGACGCCCGUCGAGCUGCGCUGCUCUUGAUCGUCUGCUUGGCGGCUCGAGCGGCUUCUGCGAUCCAGGAUGGCCUGUUGCCGAACGGCAACUUCGAGGAGGCGCCGCCCAAGUCGCAGCUCAACGGCACGAGGGUGAUGGGGCGCAACGCGAUACCGCACUGGGAGAUCUCCGGGUACGUGGAGUACAUCGGGUCGGGCCAGAAGCAGGGCGACAUGCUGCUGCCGGUGCCGGAGGGCGCGUACGCCGUGCGGCUGGGGAACGAGGCAUCCAUCCAGCAGCGCCUCGCCGUGACGCCGGGCGCGCGCUACUCCAUCACCUUCAGCGCGGCGCGCACCUGCGCCCAGGCCGAGCAGCUCAACGUGACGGUCGCCCCCGAGUCGGACGUACUCCCGAUCCAGACGGUCUACACCAGCAGCGGGUGGGACUCCUACUCCUGGGCCUUCCAGGCCGCGGGCAGCGUCGUGACCCUGAUCGUCCACAACCCCGGCGUCGCCGAGGACGCAGCCUGCGGCCCCCUCAUCGAUCUGUUUGCCAUUAAGACCAUGCCGACUCCUCGGAGCAGCAAGAAUAAUAUGCUGAAGAACGGGGACUUCGAGGACGGUCCGUACAUCUUCCCCAACACGCAGUGGGGGGUGCUGGUGCCGCCGAUGGACGAGGACGACUACUCCCCGCUGGCCCCGUGGAUGGUCCUGUCGUCCACCAAGUCGGUGAAGUACGUGGACGCGCCGCACCACGCCGUGCCGCACGGCGCCCGCGCCGUGGAGCUGGUGUCCGGCAUGGAGACAGCGCUGGUGCAGAACGUGGCCACCGUUCCCGGACAGCUCUACAGGCUCCAGUUCUCGGCCGGGGACGCCGGCAACGGCUGCGUGGGCUCCAUGACCGUCCAGGCGUACGCCGCGCGGGGCAGCGUGAAGGUGCCGUACCAGUCCCAGGGCAAGGGCGGCCACACGCGCGGCGUGCUGGACUUCGCGGCGGUCGCGGACCAGACCAGGGUGGUGUUCGUCAGCAUGGGCUACAUCAUGAAGCCCGACGGCACGCUCUGCGGACCCGUCGUCGACGACGUCUCGCUUGUCUCCACGCGGAACCAUCCUGCUCGCCGCUUGCUUCUGUGAUGCUACCGACAAGAUUCGUUCAUGGGUUAAUGUGAAUGGCUGUGAGUGUGCUCGAACUCGAAUGCUCGGGCUUCAUUUAACCAGAUCUGGGUAGAUUCCACGGCCAUCACAUGUAUUUGCAUCGCUGUUUUGUCUUUCUUGGCCAAAUGUACUUGCUUCGUUGUAGUUGUAUAGACUAUGUAUGCUUCGACGGGUGUCCAUCAGACCGUGUUUACUGGUACAUUGGUGUUUGAUUGCCUUCGUCCGUAAUCGAUCACACUUCGUGUGUUUGGUUGCACGUC